GGUACUGCCAGCCUCGGCCGCGGUGAGCGGCAGCCCCGCGAGGGCCGGGGAAGGCGGAGGCCCGGCCCCCGGGUCUGAGGAGUGCGGGCCUGGAGGCCACAGGCCCCGAGUGACAGGGGGGCCCCCGGGGAGCUCCGAGAUUGGGGUGAGCGAGAAACCGGAGUCGGGCAUCUGCUUUCGACUUGAAGGGCGGUGGCCGCCGGGCACCGGCGCAGUGGAGGCGCGCCAGAUUGUUUUAAUUUUUGUCUUUUAAACUGAUAUUAUUACCAGUUAACGAACUUUUUGCCCGGAUGCUUUAAAGAAACAAGGUCUGAUGGAUAAAUCUAGGUUCUGAACAGCGGUGCCAAGGAAUCGAGUAAUUUUGUUUCUUGAAGUAGGAGAGGAUGGGAAUGUCAGGAGUGUGUAAAUUCUCUUCCCACAUAUCUAGUAUUUUGAUGACUUAUUUAACAGCUGUUGAAUGUGGAUGAUAAACUUUGCAAGAUGAACGAGUAACGUCCUACGUUUUUCCCCUCGCUCCCCAAUACACACGCUCAUUCCUUUGCUUUUUUCCCUUUUUAAUUUUUCUCUGGAGCCCUUAUGUCUCAGUAAAUAUACAAAUUAUUUUGCUCCUGCCUUGUUUUGUCUCCUCUCUCCUGCACGUAACAAGUGAGAGUAGAGAUUUUGGAGUAUUUUUACGAGUCUGUAUUUCCAGAGUCUAGAAUAGUGCCUGGGACAUAGGAGUGCUUAAAAAAAUAUGAGCGACGUUAAGAAUCCUUGAGAAAACCUAAUGGAAUGAUAUUACGGGUGACCAAAAGAUAACGGCAAAAGCUUCUAUCAUUUUUGUUACUCUUCAGUACAAUGUCACCCUGCCCGCAACAGAAGAACAAGCUACUGAAUCAGCGUCCCUUUAUUACUAUGGUAUCAAAGAUUUGGCUACAGUUUUCUUCUACAUGCUAGUGGCGAUAAUUAUUCAUGCCGUAAUUCAAGAGUAUAUGUUGGAUAAAAUUAACAGGCGAAUGCACUUCUCCAAAACGAAACACAGCAAGUUUAAUGAAUCUGGUCAGCUUAGUGCGUUCUACCUUUUUGCCUGUGUUUGGGGCACAUUCAUUCUCAUCUCUGAAAGCUACAUCUCAGACCCAACUAUCUUAUGGAGGGCUUAUCCCCAUAACCUGAUGACAUUUCAAAUGAAGUUUUUCUACAUAUCACAGCUGGCUUACUGGCUUCAUGCUUUUCCUGAACUCUACUUCCAGAAAACCAAAAAAGAAGAUAUUCCUCGUCAGCUUGUCUACAUUGGUCUUUACCUCUUCCACAUUGCUGGAGCUUACCUUUUGAACUUGAAUCAUCUAGGACUUGUUCUUCUGGUGCUACAUUAUUUUGUUGAAUUUCUUUUCCACAUUUCCCGCCUGUUUUAUUUUAGCAAUGAAAAGUAUCAGAAAGGAUUUUCUCUGUGGGCAGUUCUUUUUGUUUUGGGAAGACUUCUGACUUUAAUUCUUUCAGUACUGACUGUUGGUUUUGGCCUUGCAAGAGCAGAGAAUCAGAAGCUGGAUUUCAGUACUGGAAACUUCAAUGUGUUGGCUGUUAGAAUCGCUGUUCUGGCUUCCAUUUGCAUUACUCAAGCAUUCAUGAUGUGGAAGUUCAUUAACUUUCAGCUUCGGAGGUGGAGGGAACAUUCUGCUUUUCAGGCACCAGCUGUGAAGAAGAAACCAACAGUAACUAAAGGCAGAUCUUCUAAAAAAGGAACAGAAAAUGGUGUGAAUGGAACAUUAACUUCAAAUGUAGCAGACUCUCCCCGGAAUAGAAAAGAGAAAUCUUCAUAAUGAAUUAUAAACUAAUUGAUUAAUGUCCCCAAAGAAAUCUGCUUUCUACUAUAUCUUUCAGCAUUAGAGAUUUUUCUGUUCUUGAAAAUACAGUCUGUGCUCUUUGAUUUUUGCUGUUGUACGGUUUCAUGCAUUUUUUAAAGGACAUUUGAGGGGAGGAUUAUUGCUAUGAGUGAAAAAAAUAUUUUAGCUUAGACUAAGCUACCUGCCUUCAAAAUAGUUUAGGGACCACCACCAUAUUUUAUUUUGUUUUUAUUUUUGAACAUUUUUCUAAUGAUUUGGAGAGAAAACUAUUUACAAAAAUUCCACAUAUCAGUGAUACAAUUUCUUGUUGUCACCAAUUUUUUAUAAUAGCAGAGUGGCCUGUUCUAAGAAGGCCAUAUUUUUUAAGUUAUCUUUCAGGGUAAAAUGGAAAUACUAUAAAGUUGGAUGUCAAACUUUAAUAUGUUUUCAGUGUGCUCUAAUUUUUUGGAAUUUUUGUAGCCUUUACACCUGGAAAAAAAGAUUUGUAAAAUCACCAGAACAAUUGUGUGCUUUAUUUUAUAGGUAGUGGUUAUUAGUAUUACAUCCCUAUUUUAAAAACAAAAACAUAAUGUUACAACGUGGAGUUUUAUUGACAUACAUAUUAAAUCAAAGUAUAUUCUUAAAAGUACUUGUGAAGUAAAAUCUUUCUUGUGCAUUUUCAAUACUUGUAAACUGGAAAUAAGAAAAUAUUUACUAUGAACAGGAAAAUCUGACUUAUAUAGCCCUUUUUGAUAUGUUUAUUAAUAAUGAUUCUUAAUGGGGCUCAUAAUAAGUUUAAUAUGCACAGCAUCUUAGAAAAGUUUAACCUGCAAACCCUUUUAAAACAAUGCCUACUUGAUUUAUAUCUAUAAAAAGACUGUCAGGUAAUUAUAUUUGGGAAACAUUUAAUGCACUAACUUUAAAGAAAUUGAAAAUUCAGGUGGAUGAAUAGUCUUACAAAAGACAAUGUGCUUUAUGUUAUACCUAUAGCUUUGGUCCCAUCUUUAAUUGAGAAACAUUUAUCUGUAUAAAACAUAUUUUUGGAUAAAUAUAUAUAUAUAUAUAUAUUUGUAUCUCUACAGAAAGGCUCUAAAAAGCAUUUGAGGAAAAUAUUUGGUUCCCUUUUCUAUAAUCAUCCUUUAAGAUCCUUAUAGCUAUAUUUGGUUUAUUCAUUGUAUUUACAGUAUAUAUAUUGUUCUUUUCAGUGUUCACAUCUUGUUCCCCAUUUCUCACUUGUGUCACCAGCUGUUUGUGCCAUUUUUAGUAUAAAAGUUGCAGACCUAUUAGAUCUGCAGUUUAAGUUGCCAUGCUGCUAGGAAAUUGUCCUUUUUCUUUCCAGCUGUUUACCUACUUCCUGGAAAAAGUAGUAGCUCUCUGUAGCAUUAUGGAUUUUCAGUGGAACCAAAUUUUUGCCAUUAAAAACUGGCAUUAUACUGAACUAUACAUUGAGAAAUCAAUCAAAAUAAAAAUUUUUACUUUCACAA